AUGCGCAAAGAUUGUCGGGAUAUUGAAGAACGGAUUGCUCGUGUUACUGACAGCAGUCGAACAUUAGUGGAUUUAUACAACAGUGUCAAGGGUUCCAAAGCAACACGUGAGACACGUAUGGAAGCUGUAGGUUGGAUUGCUGUGUGUAAAUUUAACUGCAAAGUGGAAGGUGGUUUUGUUCGUGAUUGGAUUGUUGGUCACUAUGCAGUGCGACCGGCUAGUAAACCGAAUCCCAAAGACUGGAUCGAACUUAGAAAUGGCGUUCCGUAUAUGAACAUGGAACUUGUUCCGGCUGAUCUAGACUGCCAUUUACCUUCUCAUGCAUAUUUCGAUAUCGAUCGCUUUGAAGAUGAACUCUAUAAAUUCGGUAUAUCAUGCAAAGUCUUGCGAGAAGAUUGGCGAUACGUAUUGCUGCUUGAUGAAAAUGCAGACACUGGUCCAUUUACCAUGGAUCUAAUUGAACCACACGUAGCAUUAACCCAUGAUCGCAUUGAUUUUGAUGUCAGUAAUCUUGCACUGGAAAAAGAUUACACCCACGAGUUAGGCAUGCGAAUCGAUAUUGAGCAGAAGCCUUAUUCUAUCGACCUGGAAUCGAUUGUUGAUAACAUCAAAAACAAACGCUUUCGAAUUCUUCGUCCGAUCGAUGCUCAUCUGCAACAACGCAUUGAUAAGAUGAUAAAACGGGGAUGGACGCAAAUGGGAGAACCACUUUCGGUCAUACCAUCACCACCACCAAAACACUACGUGGUAUUGGUUCCACUAUCGUCAAGCGCAAUUCUGUACAACGCAGUUUCAACUGAAAUAAAAAAGAUCAGUGGAGUACAGAUCAUAUCCAUAGAAGAAAUUAAAAAUCCAUAUUUGGAAGAGACAUACGAAGGAAUGAGAAAGCUUAUUGGCAAACAAUGCAAAAAUCUCGAUCCAAAUGAACAAUUGCUGUUUCAUGGAACGAAAAGCGCUGGAAUUGAGGGAAUACCCGAAGAUGGUUAUGAUGAUCGAUACUUCGUCGCAAGUGGAGCAUGGGGUAAGUAA